AUGGUGCUCUUGCCGGAUUCGCCGUCAAGGCUUUACGUGACCUUUGGUCUGAAUAAUAUUGUCGCUCGAGAUACUCGAGUCGAGGUUCGUCUUGCUUUCCUACUCGAAAGGAGACAUACUAAUAGGAUCGGACAGGCCAAAACCACCGCAGCGGACGACUCUUCACAUAGAUCAAACAGCCCAUCAGAACGGCUGAAAAAUCAUGUUUGGCCAGCCCUGAAAAAGGGAAUAUCCACAGGUCUAUCAGAGGGAUCCAAAAUGGGACGCAAGCGUAACGACAGUCAACCAUCAAAUGCUGCUGUACCAUCUGUUUCCGGUCAGCCAAAGCAGAUCAAGAAAUCAGCAAGCCAGUCUCUGUCUGAAAGGCGGGAGAUUGCUUUGGCAGAGUUGGGUAUAAUCCCAAUGAUGGCCGGCCAGGAGCCACGAAUGGACUCGCCUACUAUUCCUGGACGACUUCCCGUUCAUGGAAGAUCGAAUAGCGCUCCAGGAUCUGCUGCUAAUCAGACACCAUUCGAAAGGUCAAUUCAAGAGCCUAUUUCAGAGCCAUUGAUACUCUCCUCGCAAACAAAUCAUGAUAGCAGAAGGGUUCCUGCUAAAAGUGAAGAGCCAGAGAACAGACCCAGAAGUCAGUCCGCAGACGAAAGUGUGACCUCUCCCGCCUCGAAGAAUCAACCACCAACUGUCCCGGAAGAGGAUGAUAAGCCACCGGCAGUGCCUCCUAAGUCGCCCCGGUUAAUCUAUCGUCCUGUGGCACCUCUUUCAAAUGAAAUAGGAGGCAGUUUGACCAGAUCCAAUUCAGCCGCAAACGGUUUACGGCCUCGAGCUGCAACGGCAAUGGGAAUUCGACCACGACGACACAUAGCCGAAUUACACCGGCGUAACGAAAGCACACCCACGACCACUACUAUGACUUCAAGGUGUCAGCAAUCAAAGCCUAACCAAAGAAUGGCUAAACUCAAGCAUGAGGCGGGUGAAUCGGCAAUACAAUGCCAAGAUCGUACAAAGAGGAGGCGUAGUCUUCGUGUGCAUCGAACAUCCAAGCACGUGGAGAAGACAAACUUCGCUCAACUACCUGUUGGUUUCAACUUGCCGGAUGCAAAGUCACAAUUCACUUCAUCCGAUGUUGAGAAGCUACGGGAGCAGGCCAAGACCCAAGCUGAGAAGUUCAAAGUACUGCAAUACCAUGAGGUAAAAGCAUUAUCAAAGGAGCUACGAUCCCUCGAUAUUCGUGUUGAUUAUCUCCGAAAUACGAGCAAAGCACUUCGAGCUGGACGCAACCAUCUCCAUGAACGAGUGAUAGCUCACCUCCGCUCGUCUCGAUCAGCAAAUAACUCGCGUGAAAAUAUAUUAGGACAAGAAGAAGCCCUAGCACAACUCGACAAGUCAAUCGACGAAUGGAUAACCAAACUAGAGCAAGUGGACAACAGGAGAGCUCGUGUUCGGCAAAUGCUGCUAGAGCAUAUUGCUGCCUCUUUGGUACUUUCAGCCACUUAUGACACUCAAGGCGAGACCCGGAAGCAGUUAGAUUCUCCCAUCAUAAAAGACGAGUGUGAAGUUGAGGUUGCAAUGGAUGCCCUUGAUAUCGAGUUAGAUGAUGUUGCUAGCGUGACCCGCGAGUCAAUCAAGAUAUAUGCAGAUUAUGGAGUAUAUGGAGAUGGCGAUAUGGCAACUUUACUUGCAGAUAUUGAGCGGCAAAUGGAGACGAUGAAAGAUUCUCGUCGACCUCCUUCGUUUGCAGAAUACAAUAUCGUGGCCUAG